AUGAUAAUUUAUCUAAUUUUUAUUCCUUUUUAAUUUACUUUAGCUAAUUGGAAUUUAUCUAUCAAAUAUUCAACAUUAUGCAAUUGUUAAUAGAUAUCAGAACCAACUUUAUGCAGCUCUAGUUAAUUUUGUUAGCUUGAUAUGGAUUUUGAAUGUAUUGAAGUACUUGAUUAUAAUUGUUCAUAUUUCAAUGAAUAGACAAUUCUUUAUUUAUGUUCACAAUUAGAUAGAUGUUAUUUAAAUAAUGGAUAAUGUGUUGAAUUGAAUGAUUGUACAAAAUUAAAAGGUUUAACAGAUCAAGACUGUUAUUAAUAAUCUAAAAGAUGUGGUACAUCUAUUAAUAACAUUUGUUAAUUAACUUAAUGUGAUAGUUAUUUAGAUGAAAGUCAAUGCAACAAUUCCAUAUUUAAUAUAAGAUUUGACAACAUUGGUUAUGGAAAUGUUUGUUAUUGGAACAAUCACAUUUCGUCAUGUUAAAAUUUGUUAUGUGAAAAUGUAUCAGUUGAUAAAUGUUAUCAAUAUACAAAUUUAUGUCAAAUUGUAAAUAAUCUAUGCACAUGGGCAACAUGCUAAAAUUCGUCUCCUGAGGAUUGCACUUAUGUAUGGGAAGGUUCUCAAAGAAAUGUUAUAUAACCUUGUGUAUUAGUAAAUGGAAUAUGUUAAAAUGCUAAUAGUGCCAAUGACCUGAACAGUCAAGAUUGUACUUUAAAUACUCUAUAUACAUACAUCUAUACAUCAGAUAAUACUUGUUAACCAUGUUAAUAUUCAAAUUACCUUAAAUUUCAAUUAUUACUGAUCCUCAUAUUAUUUAAUUGA